AUGUUACAUCCAUAUCUUGGCUUGCGAUCAACAUUCGCGAUUUUGAAUGACAACCUUCUCAGAUCGAUUACACCCUGGAUCUUGGCUUUGUUCAUUGAUCAAAUAAUUGCUUUAUUCUUUGAUGAAUAUCUCGGUGCUGAGCCUGCAGAAGAGGGAUUUACAUUGGAAAUCGAAUAUUAUUUGGAACGAAAUGCAACGAAACACGUUGUUUGUGAUAGAUACAGUUAUAACGUCGUUGCUUUUGUUUCUGCAGUCCAAACAUUUCGGCGUCGCUCCAUCAUUCUUGUUACUCACCCAUGGCUGCUCUCCACCUUGACCGAACCGCCAUGGAUUGAAUUUGCGCCAGGUGAUUUGAGAAACUCUCGGUUAAAGGAACGAAAGCCGAGCGAGUAUGAUCCCGUGACCUUUGCAUACCAGCGUGCCAAACAAUCGAUCCUUGCUACACUUUUAUCCGAUUUAGAAUGUUUAUCGACUAGGACUAGCAACAAGUAG